AAAAACAGCAGGAACAUCAGUGAAAUAUCCAAUGCCUUCGUGAUACAUGGUCGAUGACUAAAGAAGAUCAAUGUACGCAGAGAUUGCGCAGAGAACAAUACAAAGAUAGCCCUGCAGGACCGUGCGAACAAAGCACCAUUUAAAACAGGAAACCAAAAAUGAGAACCCAUAGCACGGGAAAACCCACUAGUACUGCCGUAGCGGGGAUUAAUAUUCAUCUACAAUCAUGACUGCGUUCGGACUUGAAAAGCGUUCGUAAGUGUCCGUAACGCGCGUGAGUGGAGCGUUUCAUUUCAGUGGUCUUGCAAGUUGCAGAUUGGCAGGCUUAUGCAUCUAGUGACUUUGCUCACCAUCACGGUAAACCUUCACUUUGUCCUUCGCACUCACAAAACGGUACGAUAGUACUACUUGAUGUGUGUGGGGUUGUUUAUCUCCGGAUUCCAUGGGGUCCGACCACUCUCGUGGUCGGGUCCCUCGUUUGCUGGCUAUUAUAUCCUCAAUGAGCCUGCAAUCCUCCCGAGAGCUACCGAGCUUUACCGAAGGUUUCAUCUUUACUCCGAGCCCAUCUAUCUAUAUAUAUUUCUACAUAUUGUAAGGACGGAGCGUUUGAUCCCGUGGAACCAAUUCGUGUUGAAGUAGUGCGCACGUGGUGUCAACACGAAUUGGUUCUGCGGGAUCAAACGCUCCGUCCUUACAAUAUGUAGAUAAGUACCAGAAAUAUGCCAGCACAAUCAUCCAAUAUCUCAUCGACCCAUGUCUUCCCUGACAGACGUCCGUUUCGCUGAAAUCGCGCAGGAAAUCGCUUGCGAUGUGCAUUCCGAGACUCAAGAUGAUGACAACAUCCUCAAGGUCCAAGAAAUUUCGAGGACAUUUGUGU